AUGUGGCCACUCACCAUCCUCGAUUAUGAGCUGUAUGAGGCCGCUUACCCGGACGGGCCGAAAAUGGACCUCCAGUUUCUCGCCGAUUAUGUGUGUGAAGAGAGCGCCGAAAUGGAGGAUGCGAACGACUUCGCAAGCGAGGCGAGCUCGGAGUUCAUCUCCAACCCCGAGAUGGGCCCUCAGCAAGUCGAUAACGAGGACAAUGCCUCUGAACAACAGUUCGGCCCCUCAGUCCCUGAGCUUCUAGAGUAUUUGGAGUCGUACGUCAACCGCAGUUCAGAGGACGAGGAUGAGGUCAUCCCCUCACCCUGCAUGUGUUCGUCCUGCAUGCCCGCUACGCGUCUGAAUACCUUAGCUUUCGACGCGCCUGACGACUUUAUAAACAGCAAUGAAGACCUGCCCGGGUCACCUUUUAAGCGGCCCUCGAACCCUUCGCCCCGCGAGCGUUUCUCGCACCCUUCGCCCUUCGGUGACAUUCAAGAGUAUAUCGAUAGCGAAGACGACGAACCCCCUUCGCCCAUUAAGCGCACCUCGGACCCCGAGGCGGAUUUCUGCGAGAUCGAGAUAGAGCGCGAAGAGCAAGACGUCCGCACGCGGGUGCGCCUCCCCGUCGCGACACCGCUGCAGUCGGCGCUCGAGUCGCACGAGUAUCACGGCCUGUCGGACAUCGAGGAACAAGACGAAGAAGAUGAGCGCGACAUUGAGUCUGUCUCUGCCCCCGACGCCAACGAGUCAAGCGCCCAAGAUGCCCCGACAUCCUCCGAGUCGCGUUACCACCCGCGGCUUUCCCCAGAUUCCUGGACCGGGCUGUAUCUCGGCCCUUGGGGCCGCGACUUUUACCUUGACGGCCAAGGCACCAUGGGCGUUCGCAACGUGUGGGAGUCCGAAUCCGGCAUGUACCACGGCGCAUUGCAGCAAUGCCAGUGGGGCUGGUACGACGACCACGCCGACGCGCCGGCUUGCUUUGCGGGAAUCGAGCUCAAGGUCACGACGCCAGAGGGUGAAGAGCGAUGGCUGGACGAGCCCUCUGAGUACCAGCCCGGAUAUGGGUACCUGUGCUUGUAUGAGGAGGGGAACUAUGCGCACAGCUGCGGUGGGGAGCGAUGUACGGAAUUCUUUGACGGGUUCAGCUGGGAGUUGUUCCCUCGGAACCAGGAUUUUGGGUUGGAGUUGGAGUUGGAGUUGGAGAAGGAAUGGAGGCAGAAUGACACGGAGGGAGAAGUGAAGGAGUUUGGCAGGAGGCUGCUUGAUGCAGUUCCUGAGGAGGAUGAGGACCUGUCCGAGGUGGAAAUGGAGGACCUGGGAACGCUGGACAGGCUCGCCGAUGCGGUGUUGAGGAAGUGUGCCUCGCGGGCGAAGAAUGCUGUGGAUGGAGAGCAUGCCUCAGAGAAGGCUGAGGAGAAGGUUGGGGAGAACGAGGAGAAAGCCGGCGAGAACGGCGCGAAGGAGUUGCCCAUGUGGAUGCGGGACCCGUUCUAUGUGUCGAAGGGCACGAGCUGGGCUGAUUUGGCGGAGGAAGACGAGGAGUGGUGAAGUGAAACGGAUUGUAUCAUGAUGUAUAAAUGCUGUACACUGACUGUAAUCUGAGACUGGGC